AAACCUUCCCGACAUAACAUCAAUCAUACCUUGCGCAGGCUGGUCCAGCAGCUACUCCCCUUCUGGGAAGGAGUGUAUUAUCUGCGAACUGCACGAUAUGCUCUUGGUCGUAGAAUCUUCGCGGUGCUAAUCCCUGCCGUAUGUGAUACGGAGGGUGCUCAUCAACUUUCGGGAUUUGCUUCACACAGCCAUACAUACUUCUGUAGACGAUGUUUACUGCCCAUUCAGGAUAUUCAUAACCUCGAUUCGGACAAUUGGGUAAUGAGGAACUGGACUAAGCACCGACAGUUAGCUUUCGAGUGGAAAGAAGCCUCCACGGCGCGACGUAACACAAUCUACCAGGAAAAUGGACUCCGGUGGUCAGAGCUAUUAGAUCUGCCAUAUUGGGAUCCUAUUCGGUUUACAGUCAUUGAUGAUAUGCACCUUGGAUAUCUUGGCCUUUUCGAAACACAUCUUCGUGAAAUUUGGAAGAUUGAUGACAAGAAAAAUGGCGGGAAUGGACUUCACCCGGAUACCAAGGAUCAAAAGAAGAUAUCCAACGCAAGUCUCCGAAACACCCUUAAGCCGAAAUCAGGAUCCACUCCUCGCCAUGUCAUUGGUAAGGAUUUGUUGGAGGAAAUCUGGGCCGACAUGAAACGGACUGUCCUUCCAAACUGGAUUCAGCCACCGCCCUCAGAAUGGGGCACAUCUACUUCAGGCAAACUCAGUGCUGACGAAUAUAAGGUCAUCUGUACAAUAUCCCUCGUCGUCACUCUAAUUCGGGUCUGGGGUUACGAAAAUGACGAGGGAGUUGAGUCUCGUCAUUACAAGAUGUUAGAAAACUUCUUAGACCUUGUUCACUCUAUGCGUGUCCUUUUUUUCCGUGAAACUUCACAGAAGUCGCGCGCCUACUAUAAAUCUCAUAUCCUCAAAUAUCUGCGUGGCGUCCUCGAGCUAUAUCCUGAUUUUACCCUAAAGCCUAAUCAUCAUCAUGCUGUUCACGUCGUUACCGAUCUGGAAACCAUGGGUCCGGGUCAUGCUCGCAGUACACCAGUCUUCGAGCGCAUUAACCAUUCCUUACAACAACUUAAUACUAAUCGACGUCUGGGU